AUGGCUCCCAAAAAAGCUCCUAAGCUUUCAAAGCCACAAGGACAGCCUGUCCCUGAGAAGCGUGGCUAUGAAUUCGGUGGGCCCCUAGGCGCCUUCGGAAUCGUGUUCGGACUCCCAAUAUUGGUUUAUGUUUUCACCUUUGUUUGCAAUGACGUGUCUGGGUGUCCUGCGCCCUCGUUGCUCAACCCCUCGACCUUGUCUAUCGAUCAAUUGAAGCGUGAAGUGGGCUGGCCUAAGGAAGGUGUUGCAGGACUCUUCGAUCUUGAAGUGACACUGUGGGUCUUGAGCUACUAUGCAUUCAGUCUGUUCUUGCAGAUUUCAUUGCCUGGUCAGGUCUUGGAGGGUGUUCCUUUGGCAUGCGGGGGAAGACACAAAUACAAGUUCAAUGCAUUCCCUUCGGCCCUCAUUAUCCUCGGCAGUCUGGCCGCCGGUACCUAUAUGCAUGGAGCGGACUUCGUGGUGUGGACCUUCCUGUGGAACAACUACGUGAAGGUUAUUACCGCCAACCUUCUGAUCUCUUCCACCGUUGCGCUUUUCGUCUACCUGAAGAGUUUCUCUGUUCCCGAGCCCGGCAGCGCCAAUCCCGACUCGCGCGAGCUGGCUCCCGGUGGUCACACAGGAAAUGUGCUCUACGACUUCUUUAUUGGUCGCGAACUUAACCCCCGGCUCCGUUUGCCCAUUCCUUUCGUCAGUGAGGAAUCGCGUACCAUUGAUAUCAAGGUGUUCAUGGAGAUGCGACCAGGUCUGCUCGGAUGGACGAUCCUGAACCUGUCCAAUGUGGCUCACCAGUACCGCACCUACGGUUACGUCACCGACUCGAUCAUUCUAGUCACCAUCUUCCAGGCAUUCUACAUCUUGGACUCACUGUACAUGGAGCCAGCCAUCAUGACUACUAUGGAUGUGAUCAUGGAUGGCUUCGGCUUCAUGCUAUCCUUUGGUGACGUGGUCUGGGUCCCUCAUGUCUACAGCAUUCAGAGCCGUUACCUUGCCGUCUUCCCUCUCCAGUUGGGCUGGUCCGGCAUGGCGCUCGUUGUGGGUGUUACUGCUGUUGGAUACUCAAUCUUCCGUGGCGCCAACAACCAGAAGAAUCGAUUCCGCACUGACCCCAACGACCCUCGCGUCAGUCACAUCAAGUACAUCGAGACCGCCAGUGGAUCGAAGCUCAUGAUCUCCGGAUGGUGGGGUCUCGCCCGGCAUAUCAACUACUUGGGUGACUGGGUCAUGUCGUGGGCCUACUGCCUGCCCACUGGUAUUGCGGGUUAUGCCAUCAUUGAAACCAUCAACCCAGCCAGCGGUCACCUGGAGAAGCAUGCCGUGCAGACCCCCGAGAUUCGCGGCUGGGGAAUGAUUUUCACCUACUUCUACAUGCUGUACUUCGCGGUCUUGCUGAUUCACCGUGAGAUGCGUGAUGAGGAGAAGUGUGAGCGGAAGUAUGGCGCUGACUGGACCCGGUAUACUUCGCUGGUUCGCAGCCGUAUCAUUCCCGGCAUUUACUAG